UAAAUCGAUGAUGAUAGUAAAAGGAAGAAAAUCUCAUCUUUAACCCCAGCCACUCGAGAGCAGAGUGAAGACACCAUCGGCGAGCAGAUGGUCGAGUAUGGUUGAGCUAACUGGGCAGCGAAGUCUGAAGUUGCAGUUACGUUUGCAUAUGGCGCGGCGCUUCUCAUCACUUCGAAUAUCUAUCCCAAAAUGCGAGCAGCAUAAGAUUCUUCUCUCAAUUUCUAUCGAUUCUAUACCGUGAACCUCUCCUCCUUUUUCUUUCUUCCUGCCAAACGGACAAUGUACCGUAAUCGCCUUUAAAUAACUCUCUCCUAAGCCUCACCUUCCUUCUUCUUCUUUUCUUGCAUGUCUGCUGCCGCCUAUUACACUUUAUGAUCGCUUAAGCUCUACUGGUACUGCUGGAGCUUUUAGCAUUUUUAUUAUCAAUACAAGAAAUCUACUGGUCCAAACAUGUCGAAGGAUCAGCGUUCUCUGGCCCUAGAUGAAAAUGUGAUUGAUUCUUCACGGCCUGCUAUUGCUGUUGGUUCCUUGAGCGUUGAUGCUUCACCAAAUGCUUGUCCCUCUCAGACACAGUCAGUCUACAAUGGAGGUAAUGGAAAUAUGGUUGGCACAUGGGGUACAUGUCUUCCAGAUGUUAAUGCUGAAGGCUUGGAAAAUAGUUCUUAUGGUAUCUACAAAGACCCUUCAUCACUUCCAUUUCAUGGCCAUGGUUACACUCCUGAAAUGCCACAAAGGUCAUUUUCCUCAUCCACAACAACACCCCCUCCUAUAAAUUGUCAUGGUCAGCUAUACAACGUCCAAGAUUUACCAAACUCAGAUCCACCUUUCUACCAACAAUUCAUGACACCAAACAUUGCUUUAAAAACCCCAGUUUCUUCUGCUAAUUUGCCAGUUAGCAUUAAUCCCCAAGGAGAUGGCAACAGAGUUGGGCCUCAACCAGGUUAUUUGCCUGCAAUGGGAUCUUUUGGAAGGGGAAGUAAUUUUUCAGGAGAUUCCGAAGGCUUUAAGCUUUUGCAGCAAGGAUAUGAUGGGUUUGAAAACAGUGGGUUGUGGUCAGAUUGGUCAAAACCUGGGAAUGGGAUGGGUUCUUUGGUGCAUUUAUCAUCAUCAACAGCUGUUCCAAAAACAAUUGUUUCACUAGGUUUUUCUCCAAAUCAUUUUGGAAUGGCUUCUCAACAAAAAGAAUCAUUUUAUGGGUUUGGAUCUCAUUUAGGCCCCAGCUAUAAAAGCUAUCCUCAAGGUCAAACUAAUCCAAACUCUGGUUAUGACGUUUCCUCUUCUAUGUUUGGAAUGAACGGUCAGAGCUGGCCCACGCUUCAUGAAGCAAUACAAGGGAGAAGGUGCAUUGACUUCUCAUACAGUUGUAAUGUUGCGCUUGAUACAUUAGGUGAACGAAAUAAAGGACCUAGAGCAUUUAAGCCAAGAAGUCAGAUGGCACCAAAUGGAUCUUUGACUGAUAAUUACAGGAAUGCAGUUUCUGAUGUUUAUAAUGAGUCAUAUAACUGCCUGGAUUUUGUCACUGACUACAAGGAUGCAAAGUUCUUUGUUAUCAAAUCUUACAGUGAAGAUAAUGUUCAUAAGAGCAUAAAAUAUGGUGUUUGGGCAAGUACCCUGAAUGGCAACAAGAAAUUAGAUACUGCUUAUCAUGAGGCAAAGGAGAAACAUGGGACAAUUCCAGUUUUUCUGUUGUUUUCGGUGAAUGCUAGUGCCCAGUUUUGUGGAGUGGCUGAGAUGGUUGGGCCUGUGGACUUUGACAAGAGUGUGGAUUACUGGCAACAGGAUAAGUGGUCUGGACAGUUUUCUGUCAAGUGGUGCAUUAUUAAAGAUGUUCCUAACAGUCAGUUUCGUCAUAUUGCACUUGAAAAUAAUGACAACAAGCCAGUAACUAACAGUAGAGAUACUCAAGAGGUGGAACUGGAACGUGGUGUUGAAAUGUUAAAAAUAUUUAAUAACUAUGAAAGUCAUUCGUCCAUCCUAGAUGAUUUUCAUUUUUAUGAAGAGAGACAGAAAGCAAUACAGGCAAGGAAGUCAAGACAGCAGCAGCAGCAAACAAGCCUGGUGCCUACUUUAGCGAUUGGAGAUGGUGAACAAAAUUCUAUUUCAAUUUCUAAUGAUUUCACGAAGAAAAUGUCUAAGAGCUUAGCUGAAGCUGUUUCUCUGAAAGAGACUGAAACAAAGUUAUCUAUUUCACAUCUCCCUCAUUGGGCCUUGGGAGUUCAACAUGGAAAAAGAUGUUGAUAGAAACAGCAUAUCCAGCUAAUUGGAUAGGUAAGAAAUUUCUUUUAGGUGUCCUGAACAAGGAAGUUUGAACUUGAUAACACCUCUAAUUCUCUGUUUUUAUUUCCAUUUAUUUGAUAUUAUUUAUAUUUGAAUUUACAUGGACAUUAUCUGGAUUCUUUGAUAAGAUAGAUGAGAUUGGCAUAUUACAUAUAAUGUAUACUUGGUUUUCAA